UGAUAGUACGUCCCAAAAGGGGCGAAUAUCUAGAAAAGAAGAGGAAGAAGAUAUAUAAUCUCGAUAUUUCGUCAGAAUUGCUUGCUGAUUCAAGCAUUGUCAGCUUUUCCGUUUCUCAGCAUCGUGCAUCGAUAGUUUCUUUUUUCACUUCGUUCGAACACUGUAUCCGUCGAGAAGAACGGCACAAUGACGGACAAUCAAUAUUCCAAUUAUCAACAACAAGGAUAUAAUCAAUAUAGCCAACCACCACCUUCGGCUGGUCAGGAUACAUCGUAUCCACCUCCCUCUGCUGGCACAGGUGGCUACAAUCAAUAUAGUCAGCCACCUCCAAGUACUGGUACCAAUUAUGGCAAUUACGGCAGCUACAACUCUAACACUGGUCAAGACUACAAUCCAUCUCCAAAUCAAGGCAGCUAUGGACAGAAUAGCUACAGUGGAGGUAGUAAUGCAGGCAGCGGGGAUAGUGGUAAUAAUUACGGUGGAAACUAUGGACAUGGAAGUAGCGGAAGCGGUGGUGGGGGAUAUAAUCGUAACUCUGGUGGUGGCUAUAGUGGAGGCCAAGGAGGUGGCGGCGGAGGCGGUAGAUAUGGCGAUCGCGGCGGUUAUGGAGAUCGCUCCGGCGGUGGUUACAACAGUGGCGGUGGCCGUGGUGGUUAUAACAAAGGAGGCUACGGUGACCGCAACAGUGGCGGUGGUGACGGAAUGGUUACUCAAGAGGAUACUAUCUUUGUAUCCGGUAUGGAUCCAUCGAUCUCCGAGGAAGAAAUUUGUCAACAUUUCGGUGCGAUCGGCGUGAUUAAACAUGACAAACGUACGGGCAAGCCGAAAAUUUGGAUGUACAAGGAUAAGAAUACGGGAAAAUCGAAAGGGGAAGCGACAGUCACCUACGAUGAUCAGAAUGCCGCACGCUCGGCCAUUAGCUGGUUCGAUGGCAAGGAUUUUAAGGGUUGCACGAUAAAAGUACAAAUAGCGCAGCAUAAGAGUAGCUGGCAGGGCAAUCGGAUGGGUGGCAGUCGCGGCGGCGGUGGCCGUGGUCGUGGCGGCGGAGGUUUCGGCGGUCGCGGCGGCAGUGAUCGCGAUGAUCAUCAUCGUGGGGGUGGCGAUGAUCGUGGAGGCCGCGAUGGCGGAGGCCGCGGUGGCGACUGGAGGUGUCCGAAUCCCGAUUGCGGUAAUACAAAUUUCGCAUGGCGGGAUCAAUGUAAUCUCUGCAAAAGCUUAAAACCGGAGGGUCUCGGUGGUUACGGCGGCGGGGGUGGCAGCGGCGGUAGGGGCGGUGGUCGAGGUAGUGGCGAUCGCGGUAGCCGAGGAGGUUAUAGAAGCGAUCGAGGUGGACGCGGAGGUGACAGAGGCGGUAGAGGUGGCGGCAGCGGUGGUUUCCGGGGCGGAGACCGAGGAGGCCGCGGAGGCCGAGGUGGUCCUAUGAGGGGAGGCGGCGGUCGAGGCGAGAGGGACAGGGAUCGCCAGCGACCAUAUUAAUUUCAUAUUCAUAUAACGGUCGUACGACUUUUACUGUCACUAAACGACUUGUACACAUUUUUGUAUACACAGUUUCAAUGCUUGUACAUUUCGCCAAGUGAUAAAUCACUCUUUACAUGUGUCAUGUACUUUUAUUUUUUUUUGCGUAAUUUUUUUAUAUUCAUCGGAAAUACGAACUACAUAUGUAUAUUACGUUCGUGUAUACAAAACUAUUUCUAUGUAAAAUCAAAUCCAAUAGGAAAUAAUAGGUAAGACUUUGCGUUGCAUAAGUAUAUGUGUAACUGUUUGAUUUAUUUAUCGCCCACUAUCUCAUUUAAACAAAAUAAAAGCGAAAAAACUUUGGGAAAGUUUAUUUAUUGAAAGUUGAAAAUAUAAUACAGUUAAUUUGUUAUAUAUAUAUAUAUAUAUGUAUACAAAUCUGAUGGAGAAUUAUAUAACUCAGAAACGUGACCAAAAUAAAUAUGUCUUCGUCUAUAA